UUUUCAUAAUCAACUUUUUUUUUUCUUUCUGCUAAUCAAUUCGAUUUUUUGAAUCUGAAGAACAAUUAUGGGUUCUGAAGGAAACAAAUUUAACGACGGAACUAGCUUCCCGCCGGCAGAUCCAAUUCUAUGUUCAAACGGUUGCGGAUUUUUCGGCACGGCGGCGAUGAUGGGACUUUGCUCAAAGUGUUACCGAGACAUUAAGAUGAAGGAAGAUCAUGCUGCGAUGGCUAAAGUAGCGAUGGAGAAGCUUGUUAUAACUAGACCUCAAGUUGAAUCGAUCGGAAAAGUUAGCUGUUGUUCGUCGCCGGCGCCGGCGCCGAUUGUUGAAACGGCGGUUGCGGCGGAGAUCGUCGGGAGUCAGCCAAAUCGGUGUUUGAGCUGUAGGAAGAAAGUUGGGGUUGUGGGAUUUAAGUGCAGAUGUGGUAGUACCUUCUGUGGGACCCAUAGAUACCCAGAGCAACAUGAUUGUACCUUUAAUUUUAAAGCUAAGGGGAAAGAAGAGAUUGCUAAGGCUAAUCCUGUGAUUAAGGCGGAUAAAAUCGAGAGGUUUUGAGCUGCUAAUCCAAAAUUAAGUUUGGGUUUAGAAGUUAUUUUUUUUCUCUUUUAUUUGGUUGGGUUAUAUUAGAUUAUUGAAGGUGUUGUGGAGGACAGGCUGGAUGGGGUGGUAGGUUGGUUUGGGUAUUUAUGAAUGUAUAAAAUAUAUUUUCUAUUUAUUUAAGUAUAUAGUUUGCUUCCAAUA